AUGCCGCCCCCGCCAAGAUGCCGUCCUGGACGGCUGUCCAUGCCGCCCAUGCCUAAAUCCGUCCCUGCCUGCACAAGUCCAUUUCAGCAGCCAGUCCUGUGCGAUGUCGAGAAUCCCCACAGCUGCACUGAGGAUGGAGUGAUAAAUGUACUGUCAACCACGUAUGGAAGAACAGAUGGGCAAAUCUGCAGUUACAACAGACCUCAGGAGCAGCUCACCAACACAGACUGUUCCCAGUCGGUUCCACUCAUCUCACAAAUAUGUGAUGGAAGGAAAGAGUGUGAGACCAAUCCUCACACAUUCUCUCUUCCUGAUCCGUGUUUUGGGACCUACAAAUAUUUUACCACAAACUUUGAGUGCCUUCCAGCUCGAGUCAGUGUAGCAUGUGAGGGCGAAUAUAGCACACUGGACUGUGGUUCCGAUGUGAUACAGAUCAACAGUGCAAAUUAUGGACGCACAGACAGCACAACCUGCACCCUUGGAUGGCCAGCCCAUCAAAUAUCUAACACCAACUGCUUUGCCCGCAACACUCUCAGUCUAAUUGCUGAACAGUGUGAUGGACAAAACAGCUGUAAUGUGUAUGCAUCAAACAGUGUCUUUUCUGAUCCAUGUGUUCACAUCUACAAGUACCUGCAAAUCUCUUAUUUCUGCAUUCCACGUUCAAUAAUGACGAGUGUGAUCUGUGAACAUCAUACCAGGGUUUUGAGCUGUGAAAACGGUCACAUAAAGAUCCAGUCUGCCAAUUAUGGGCGCACAGACUCUACAACCUGCUCUGGUGGAGUCCCCAGUAAUCAACACACCAAUACCAACUGCUAUUCAUCCAACUCUCUUGGAAUUGUUUCUGCAAACUGUGACGGGAAGACUCACUGCUCUCUGCGUGCGUCAAACAGUAUCUUCUCUGACCCCUGUGUGGGAACCUUUAAGUACUUGGAGGUCAUCUAUUCCUGUUUAGUUCCAUGGUAA